AAGCCGUACGUCUGCAAGAUCCCCGGCUGCACCAAGCGCUACACGGACCCCAGCUCCCUGCGCAAGCACGUCAAGACGGUGCACGGCCCCGACGCCCACGUCACCAAGAAGCAUCGGGGCGACACGGUGCUGAGCCGGGCGCUGGCUGCCCCGGGGGGCCCCGCAGACAUGAAGCAGGAGAAGGAGGGAGGCUGCACUGGCGAGGGCAGGAAGGACGAGGGGAAGCUGAUGGUGCCCGAGGCCACCUUGAAGCCCCAGCCCAGUCCCGGUGGGCAGUCGUCCUGCAGCAGCGAGCGCUCACCCCUGGGCAGCGCCAACAACAACGACAGCGGGGUGGAGAUGAACGCCAACCCGGGCGGCAGCUUCGAGGACCUGUCCACGCUGGAGGACCCCUCGCCGGGGGAGCCCAUGGGCGCCUCGGGGCUCUCGGCCCUGCGCCGCCUGGAGAACCUCCGCAUCGACAAGUUCAAGCACCUGCGGAAGCCCCCGCCCGGCAAGGGCCUGAAGCUGCCGGCCAUCCCUGGCACCG